CAGCAGGCCAACAGCAUGGGGCGGCGGCGACGUCGACAACUGGGGCUGGGAGCACUGGCGGCCAGGGUCGCAGCCAUGGCCGAGUCUGUGGAGCGGCUGCAGCAGUGGGUCGAGGAGCCGGAGCGGGAACUGGCCCAGGAGAGAAGUUGCCGGGCCCUGGGGGGCGGCAAUGGAGGAGGCGGUUGGGCCUGCGUCGAAAAGAUGAGCCCCGAAGUGGUGGAUUCCAACCCCUACAGCCGCCUGAUGGCAUUGAAACGAAUGGGAAUUGUAAGUGACUAUGAGAAAAUCCGUACCUUUGCUGUAGCAAUAGUAGGUGUUGGUGGAGUUGGCAGUGUGACUGCUGAAAUGCUGACAAGAUGUGGCAUUGGUAAGUUGCUACUCUUUGACUAUGACAAGGUGGAACUGGCCAAUAUGAAUAGACUUUUCUUCCAACCUCAUCAAGCAGGAUUAAGUAAAGUUCAAGCAGCAGAACAUACUUUGAGGAACAUUAAUCCUGGUGUUCUUUUUGAAGUACACAACUACAAUGUAACCACAGUAGAAAACUUUGAACGUUUCAUGAAUAGAAUAAGUAAUGGUGGAUUAGAAGAAGGAAAACCUGUUGACCUAGUUCUUAGCUGUGUGGACAGUUUUGAAGCUCGAAUGACAAUAAAUACAGCUUGUAAUGAGCUUGGACAAACAUGGAUGGAGUCUGGGGUCAGUGAAAAUGCAGUUUCAGGGCAUAUACAGCUCAUAAUUCCUGGAGAAUCUGCUUGUUUUGUGUGUACUCCACCACUUGUAGUUGCUGCAAAUAUUGAUGAGAAGACGAAACGAGAAGGUGUUUGUGCAGCCAGUCUUCCUACCACUAUGGGAGUGGUUGCUGGGAUCUUGGUACAAAAUGUGUUAAAGUUUCUGUUAAAUUUUGGUACUGUUAGUUUUUACCUUGGAUACAAUGCAAUGCAGGAUUUUUUCCCUACUAUGUCCAUGAAGCCAAAUCCUCAGUGUGAUGACAGAAAUUGUAGGAAGCAACAGGAAGAAUAUAAGAAAAAGGUAGCAGCACUGCCCACACAGGAGGUUGUUCAAAAAGAGGAAGAGAUAAUACAUGACGACAAUGAGUGGGGUAUUCAGUUGGUACCCGAGGUUUCAGAAGAGGAACUGAAAAAUUCUUCAGGUCCAAUUCCUGACUUACCUGAAGGAAUUACAGUGGCAUAUACACUUCCCCCAAAGCAAGAAGAUUCUGUACCUGAAGUAACAGUGGAAGAUUCUGGUGAAAGCUUGGAAGACCUCAUGGCCAAGAUGAAGAGCAUGUAAAUAAUGGACUGGCCUGUAUUUUAUUUCCUGUGUCUAAACCUGUUCCCUAGCAAUUAAAAAAAAAAUCAUUUAAAACUGAGAAAACUUAGGGCAACAUCAGUUGAUGUAUAAUCUUCACUGAAUUAUUAUAUUUUUUAAAAAUACUGUGACUAUUGCUUGUUACCCGCCCCCCCCCACUUCAACUAAAUCAGAAACUCUCCUAAAACUCAUGUUUCAUUCUAGUAAGAAAACUUCAAAGGAUUAUUGCAGGCAGUUAUAAAUCUUAUUUAAAACUUAGCCAUUGAACUGUUUUGGCCUUUUGGGAGGGGUGGGAAGAAAGGACCAAUUUGAUUUGCCUGAGGCCAUGAACAACAGAAUAGUGUGUGGUCAAAUAUAGGGAAAGGACAAGAGGUACAACCUAUUGAUUCGAGCCAGCAGGCAUCUACUCAUUGUGUUUGGAAUUGCUCUCUACAGGAAAACUGCCCACGACUACUAACUUGAGCAAUAAUGAAUUUCAAAUAGUAAACCUGUAAAAUAAAAACAUCCUUUCAAAUGUUUCCUGAUGAAACACAAGCUGAAAUACAGUCAUUGGAAAAGUUUGUAAACCUCUGAAUUAUAUAUUCAAAACAAGACAGAGGCAAAUAAGAGGAAGCUUUCUUCAUGGAUAGACAGAUAAACAUAUUUUCAGGAUGUACAAAUGCUAUUUCUGCACUGAUUAAGAAAAAGCAUAUCAUCUGUGGAACAUAUAUCUGAGUCAGUGUGCUUUAUUGAGGAGCAAAAAUAAAUUUAGGCUAAGAUCAUCUAAAUUAUACCCAUCAUAUGGGCUACCUUCUAAUACUUCAUUUUAUUUAAAUUUGAUUCCGUGGGUAAUUAGAUAUUGGCAAAGGUUUGUCCUGGGUAACACACAAUAAAAGAGGUCUAACUUGCCUCUGCAACGACUGACAUGUAUUUCUUCACAGGGAAGAGUAUCAUUUUCCCUGAUCGUGACCAUGAAAUCGUAAUUUGAUAAACUGGUUUUCUCUGGAUUUUGCAUACAAAUAAUGAAGGCUUAGAGAACCUUGUUUGAAAUAAAUUCCUAAUGGUUUGGAGGCUAAUAAAGACACAUGCAUGUGUAACCAUUAUCUGUAGGCUGGUACUAUGCUAGUCUCCUAUUUUGAUGACUUUUUUGCUCUGAAAAGAUAUAAAUGUCUAAAUUCUAUCUCUAGGAGGAAAAUGUCAUUAAAAAAUUAAAAGUGCAUUUCCCACUUGUAAAGUAAAAUUCUAAAAAUAAUUUCAGAAAGCUCCAAAUAUCAAAUAUGUUUAAUAUAUUAGCUUUGAGAUUUUAGCAUACUGCGAUUCUUAUGUUUAGAGUGAUGUCAGGAAAGUAUGGGGAUAGUUUUUCUAGCCUUGAAACAUAUUUACGUUGCCUUAGUAGAUCAUUUGUUGUUUAACAUUUUAGUGUAGUCAUCUGUAAAAUAACUUUUCUAGUUCCUAGAGAUGCUUUGAAUUUCAAAAAAGAAAUGCAGUCUUUCUAAGUCCCACUCCUUUGGUGUACAAAUUUGGUACCUCUGGUACACUAAUUUGGUAGGGCUUUACUUAUAAGUUUAUAUAGUUUGAUAAAUAGCUAGAACCUACUAUCCUUUUUUUAAACAAUUUUUAUUGGAGUAUGGUUGAUUUACAAUAUGUGUUAGUUUCAGGUGUACACAAAUUGAAACAGUUAUACAUAUUAGAACCUGCUAUCUUCUAAAGACCUUUUUUCUGUUCUUAAUUUGGCACUGUACCCUGCUGGUGUCUUAUACUGUACCAAAUCUUAUCUAAUUUUUUUGUCAUAUCUUCCAUUAAAGUUAUUAUUUUAGCAGAAAAAAUCUGGUGACAAGUAUCUUUUGUAACCUAGAGAGCUCUCUUGACAAUCUGUAUGCCAUGAAAACCUGUAUAUGUAGGCAGCUAUGAAAAAUUAAUCCUCACUGGAUUUUACAUUACUAAAUAAACUCAUAGUGCUUGACCAGAAAAAAAAAGAGUAUGCCUGAUUUUUCAGGUGUUUGAAGCAUAGUCCCAAAUGACCCUCCAGAAAGGUUAUACCAUUUUGACACUCCUGCCAGGAAGGUAUGAGAGUGUGUUUCUCAGCACAGGUACUAACUCUGGGAAUUGUCUUUUUAGUUUCCUUUUAAAUAACUGAUAAUUUGAUUUAUAGCAAAUAAAACUGAUAUCUGGGUGCUGUUUUAACUUUAUUUUUUGGAUUAUGUGUGAGGUAGAUUUUUUUUUUCACGUUUGUCAUCAUCUUUGUGAAUUGUAUAUCUGUGUCCUUUGCCUAUUUUUCUAUUAAGGUGUUCAUUUUUUUUUUCUUACUGGUUUAUGAGCUUUUUCAGUGGUCAGGAUACUUGCUUUUUGUCUGUCUCAUAUGUUGAUGAAGUUUUGCCCCAGGUAGGCAUGUACCUUCUGAUGUUGUAGGUGGAGGACAUCUUAAUGGAAGAAGAUAUUUGCUUUUUAUUUAGUGGGGCUCAUUGGUCUUCUUUUAUGGUUUAUGGCUUUGGUAUCACGUUUAGAAAAACUUUUCCGCUCCUCCCUGCUUCAGUAAUAAGCUGUGUAAAUGUUUAUUUAUACUUUAUUUUCAUACAUAUGUUUUCUUUUCUUACCUUUAAAUUCCCAAGCUCCUGAAUUUAAUGGAUGAGUACUGUGCAAUAGGGUUUUCAUUUUGUGUUCUUACAAAUACAUAG